GCAAUCAAGGUGGCCGGACUGUCUAUAUGAAGAGAUUUGUGGACGAGUAUAAGGCUGAGGUGCUUGACAAAGGAUUAAUGACGUUCAGGACAUCGGACUGUAGCGCAUCGGAGGUGUUUCUUCCCCCGGAGUUCUGUGGUGCAGUUGUAAUGCUAGUUAACGAUCCUCUUGCUCUGAGGACCUCCUCUUCCCUUGGAGUGGGCUAUCUUGCUGCAGUCAGGCGAACUUUUGCAUGGUGGGAGGGCUCGGACAUUACUGUGUAUCCUAUUAUGUCGACCAAGACUGGCGCCCGUGGUGCUCUUCUAAAGGAGAUGAAAGAAAAGCGUGUCCAUGGGGUCUCUGGUGUUGUGACGGAAGAACUGCUUAAAAUAUCGAGAACUAUAUUUUUCGAUCCGGUGUUCCUUGUGCCGCGGAUAAACAAUUUUCAGAGGCACGUGAUUCAACUGUCACCGACGCUGGAGCAGGAGUUCUUUGUGGUUGCGCAGUACCUCGGCAACACUACUGUCGCCAACGCCCACGCUGUGAUCCGCAG